AUGCUUAAAGAUGUUGUCUUUGUUCAUCAAUUUAUCACAUAUUAUUCUCCUAUUGAAAAUGGAUAUUAUUCAUCUCGCAAAAAAAACCCACCUAUUUGUUACUAUUAUGGCAGGAAUAAUUUAUUAGUUGAGAUAAAUGAAGAUUUGCUUAACAUGCAUCAAACUGUAUGCCAUCUUUGUUCUAAUUGUGAACUUGCUGGUGCUAUUGCAUUCACAAUCCCUGAUAUAAAUCAUGGUGAUAAUAAUGAAGACACUGAGACUAACAUUAACAAUAAUGAAAUAGUUGAAAUUACUCAAACAAAUAAUGUUAUAAUGCCAACAGUUGAAACAUAUCAACCAAUUGAUAACAAUCAAAAUAACCAAUCAUUAAAUAAUAUUCAUAGAAAGGAUGAGCUAGUUAUCAUUCCUAUGCAAGAACAAGAAAUUAUUAUUACUGCUUCAGAGGAUGAGCCAGCUACCAUUCCAACUAUAUUUGCCCAUCAAAACUCAAAAGGAAAAUGGACAAAUCAAGAAGUAGGUAUCCUUUUGAAAUUUGUUUUGGAUAAAAAAGUUAAUACUGAAAGAAUUAAACAAUUGGGGAUUCAUAGAACAAAUGCAAUAUCCAAUAAGGCAAGAUUAAUGAAAUAA